AUGUUCCGUUUCCUCACUCGAGCACCUCGUUCCAAACCUUACAACUGUUGCUUGCUUCGAAAAGCACAACAUCUUUCACCACACCACCAAGUACAACACUCGUACCACCAGUUCCUCACCAUGACUGAGAUUACCCACCCCACCAUCAAGGAUGGAUGGUUCCGCGAGAUCAGCGACAUGUGGCCAGGCCAGGCCAUGACCCUCAAGGUCAACCAGGUCGUCCACCACGAGAAGAGCAAGUAUCAAGAUGUGCUCAUCUUCGAGAGCUCCGACUACGGCAUGGUCCUCGUCCUCGACAACGUCAUUCAGUGCACCGAGCGCGAUGAGUUCUCCUACCAAGAGAUGAUCACCCACCUGGGCAUGUUCUCUCACCCAAACCCAAAGAAGGUGCUCGUCAUUGGCGGAGGUGACGGCGGUGUCCUCAGAGAGGUGGUCAAACACGAGAGCGUUGAAGAGGCAAUCCUGUGUGACAUUGACGAGGCAGUCAUUCGUCUUAGCAAGAAGUACCUUCCAGGCAUGAGCGUUGGCUUCAACCACCCUAACGUGAAGGUCCAUGUUGGUGAUGGCUUCAAGUUUCUGGAGGACUACAAGGACACCUUUGAUGUGAUCAUCACCGACAGCUCCGACCCAGAGGGCCCAGCGGAGGCUCUCUUCCAGAAGCCGUACUUCGAGCUUCUCCACGGUGCUCUGCGUGAAGGCGGCAUCAUCACCACCCAAGGUUCCGAGAACCCAUGGUUGCACUUGAAUAUGAUUGAGAACCUCAAGAAGUCCGUCAAGACCAUCUUCCCAGUCGCCGAGUACGGCUGGACCACCAUCCCAACCUAUCCAAGCGGCCAGAUCGGCUUCAUGGUCUGCUCCAAGGACGGCAAAUCCAACGUCAAGAAGCCACUUCGCACCGUCAGCGAGGCUGAGGAGGACAAACUCUUCAAGUACUACAGCAGCAAGGUGCACGAGGCCGCUUUCGUUCUGCCAAAGUUCGCGGAGAAGGCUCUUCGUUAG